UCCUCCCGGGGUUGAGGAAGCAGGAAAAGGUGGCAGUGAGAGGCAGUGGGCAGUUCUGCUGGGCUAUGGUGGCCGGAUCCCCAGCUAGGAUGGGCUCUCUCUGGGGCCUGCUGCUGCCCCUUUUCUUCUUCUGCUGGGAGGCCGGGGCCCCCAGGAGCUCUGCAGGCCCCAGCACCAGUGGACCAGGCCCUUUGGUGACAACGAGCCACACAGAAGUGCCUGCUGUGACUCCAGGAGUCAGAACAAGCUCAGAGGGAGCCUUCCAGACCACUGACCUUGCUGAGACCUCUGUGCCAAGCCACAUCCCUCUGGAAAGUCAUCAAACCCUGAGGACCCAGACCUCUCACAGUACCUUAAUCCCAGGCAGCACCAUUCCAGAAGCAGAGACCACGGAAACCAGGACCAUUAGUCUUGCAGCAGAGACCAGGGCCCUCACAAAAAGAACACCUUCCAAAUUCAUGGUCGUGAUGACCCCUCCUAUGGAGACAACAGCCACAAGCGACAACCCCACGAGAACUGGAAUGACCACAGUGCAGAUUGUUACAGGCAGUGAUCUCUUGGAAGCGGCCUUUGACACCCUUUGUACUGAUGACAGCUCUGAAGAGGCAAAGAGGAUCAGAACUAGUGCCUUGACAUUGGCUCAGAUCCUCACAGAAGCCAAGGCCCUUACGUUGGAGAGCAGCACCUCCUCUGACAGCUCAGUUCCAGCCAUCACCACCUCACAAGUCCUGGCACCUCAUGUCACUGCUCCGGCGAAAGCCUUGGUUGCCUCCACCAUCUCUGACAUUGAGGUUACCAAUGGCAGCGUUAUGGAAACGGAAACAACUGCCAGCAUCCCUAAGACCUCAGACACAGCUUACAGCCCCGCAGGAGGAAAGGCCCUGUCCACUCCCGAGGUGUCAGCUUUGCCCAACCCCACUGAAGCGAAAUCACACCUCACCGAGACCACGACCUCGGCGGAGGCCUCGUCUACCGCCAGCACCGCAGAAUCGGCCACACAUGACACCACAGUUGAGACCCCACUCCCUGCUACUAGCACCACAGAAAGAGAAACAACAGCAGCUGAGGCCACCACCCCUAGUGGAACUUGGGCGACUGUCAGCGUGAACCCUGUGGAAGAAGUCUCAGCCCUCUCUGCUGAGACGACAAGCCACACUGAGGUCCCAGGAGCAUUUACAGUCUCCACAGAGGCUGGGUCAACAGUGGGCAAAGGGACUUCCCUUGCUACGGUCUACAGCCUCUCCGAAGGAAUUACCAUCAAGAGCUCCACCCGCUCAGAGACUUCCACCACAGACAGCAGGACCAACGGGCCCAUCCCCGACUGCACGAGGCCUCUUCCUUCUGUCCAUCCGACUACAGCCGACAGCAGCCAAGAAGAAAACACCACCUUAGCCAAGACCACAGCCUCAGCGAAGACCUUGAAGACAGCCAGCACAACCAGAGGGCAGCCCCCAAAAGCCGUGCCCACUACUGCUCAGACAAGGGGGACCACAGAAGUUCCUGCAAGUGGGGAUGGAGGCUUCCUCCUCCUGCGGCUAAGCGUGGCCUCCCCGGAAGACCUCACUGAGCCCAGAGUGGCAGAGAGGCUGAUGCAGCAGCUCCUCCAUGAACUGCACAUCCACAUGCCACGCAGCCAAGUCUCCCUGCUGCGCAUCAGGAGGGGCUGAAGAAGACCAGCUGCAGCCAGGCGUGCCCACGUGCCAAAGGGGGGACCUAGGGCCUAGGCCCCACCGCAGGCUGGAGCCACGUUACUGUGCCGAGAUGCACCUGGAAGGUUCCCACAGAGGUCAACUGACCUAAGCUCUUACCCCAGACCUGGCAGCCGGACCCUGGCUCACAUAGGCCUGAGUGCAUGUGGGUGGGGAGGGGGCCUUCCCAGUUCCAGAGGUGUCCUUGGACUUCCCACAGCACACGUGUUGUGUUUAAGUAAAGAGUGACCUGAUCACCUACCUG